AUGUUUCAGUUCUUCAAGAUUGGAAUCAGAUGUGUUUGGUACACCGUAUGGUUCAUCUUGGUCGUCCUAUUGUCGAUAUCCACGGUUAACAUCUCUGCCCUGUGGUUUCUGCUGGUUAUACUGGGGGUUGUCAAGUCCAAGAGAGAUACACCCAGACCCAAGCCUGCUCUACCCAAGCCUCGGUGUGUCACAAGAAACGACAUUGAUUGCUUUUCACCAGACUAUGACUCCGACUGGGCACUCGGGUUCGAAUAUACAAACCCAGACCACUCCUUCUGCAAGAGGUUCAAACCAAGACAAGAUUCUGAGCUGUCUCGAGGUAAGGAAACCUGUUGUAUAUGUAUUGAAGGGUACACAUCUAGCCAAAUGGUGUUGGAGCUACCCUGUGGGCAUCGCUACCAUUAUGGGUGUAUACUCAGCCAUAGGGUGAGCAAGACGGAACAGCUCGGGUUCUACGACGACUUGAAGGAGUUUGCGUGUCUACUGUGUCGUCUGAACGUAAUGAAGCACUAUUUAUAUUACAGAGAACAUGGUUGGACCGUGGAUGAGGUGCCAUAUGAGAACAAAUAG